UGCCGUGUCUCUCUCUCGGACGUGCGAAAGUACCGUAACAGACGUGUCCCGUUAUCGGGACAUGUGGGGGAUCGGAUGCGGCAUUCAUGAAAUAGGACACUCACUGGUAUAUAUAAUAGUUCACUUCAUUCGAGUUAAUUGGGUAGCUGCCAGUCACUUGCUUUGGGAAGCCCAUUUUGUGACAUCUGCCUGUAAGUGCCUGUCAUUGAAGUAUUUGAUAUUCUGAAGAGAGGUGGACACAUCCUGCAAUUAUGAGGCUAUUAAGAACUAUCAAGACAUUGCUUUUUGCGUGCGCAGGGAUAUCUGCUCUGUGGAUGAUGAUGUCAUUAUUAGGUGGUAAUAAUGAUGAUAAUAUGGAAGAAUAUAUAAUCCAACGUGCCAAACAACCGCGGGCAAAGGAACAAGGUGAUAGUGUAGGUGACGAGAACAAUGACAUUUAUAAAAAUGUGGAGGGUAACAAACUGACAUUGAGGGAGACAGACAAAUCUGGCCAUGAGCUUAGUAACAAUACCCUUAAUAUUCACCAUGAAAGAGAUCAAGAACCUAUCAUGGCCAGUCUUCCUUUGACACGUGAAAAGCUGAAACAGGCGAUUCUAACCAUCAACCACGAACAGAAGAUAUUAAACAAGGAGCGUUUUCCACACCGAGGGCCAGAGAGUAUCGUAAUCCUUGUGAUGGUCCAUGAUAGGCUGGAGUAUCUUGAGUACCUCAUACAGUCAUUGGAGAAGGCUGAUGGUAUCAGUGAUGCUUUACUCAUCUUCAGCCAUGAUUACUAUUCAGAGGAUAUCAACAGAGUCAUCAGGCAAAUAACAUUCUGUCAGGUAAUGCAGAUAUUCUAUCCAUAUUCAUUGCAAGUCUACCAGAAUGAAUUCCCUGGCCCAGAUGCCAAUGAUUGUCCUCGGGAUAUCACUCUUGAAAAAGCAAAGAAAAUAAAGUGCAAUAAUUGGGAACAUCCAGACAGCUAUGGUCAUUACAGAGAAGUUAGAUACGUGAUGACAAAGCAUCAUUGGUUCUGGAAGCUUCAGCAUGUGUUUUCUGGACUGGAAGCUACCAAGGACCACGACGGAUUAGUUCUCUUGCUAGAGGAGGAUCACUACAUGGCACCAGACUUUUACCCAAUGCUACAAAAAAUGUACCUUCUGAAGAAAGAGAGCUGUCCGGAGUGUGAUAUACUAACCCUAGGAGGCUAUGAUAAAACAUUCAUUUAUAAAGACAGAAAUGACAAGGUGGACUCUUUAGUUUGGCACUCUGCCAAGCACAACAUGGGUAUGUCAUUGGAUAGGAAGACAUGGGAAACACUACAGCCAUGCGUGCAGCAAUUUUGUACAUACGAUGAUUAUAACUGGGAUUGGACAAUGAAUUACGUAAGCCAUAAGUGUCUGUCUUCACCGUUCCAAGUGAUGGUCUUCAAAUCUCCUCGGGUCUUUCAUAUUGGAGAAUGUGGCAUUCACCAUACUGGGAAAGGCAAGUGCAGUGCUGAUGAGUUGGUUAAGAGAAUAGACUCCACAUUGGAAGCAAACAAGGACAGUCUCUUCCCUAAGAGUCUCAUUUUAACCCCCAAGACACGACCUCUAAAGUCUCGACUACCAAAGCCCAACGGUGGCUGGGGUGAUAUUAGGGACCACACGCUCUGCACGACAUAUGGCAAAGGUUCUUCUAAGACAGUAUGAUAAAGGCUGAAAGCUUAUACCAGUAGGUGUUCACACUAAGAAAUGAGUGCGCUUUGAAACAUGAUUCUAUUUUAUUUGUCCUUAUUUUUAUUGGAGGGGAAAUGUGAUUAGCUGCAGUCAUUUGAUGGUCACUGAAGAGCCAUGUACGUGUAUAUGGCUAUGUAGCAAAGGGCCAAUAUAGCAAGAUUUGUAGCCAGAGGUACGUUUAUGACCGUAGGCUUGAAUGCAACGUGUCGUACCAUACAAAGAAAUAGACUUUUAUAUUGCAGACCUGCCACCCAGUACGUUUUUUUGGCGUAUUUAGUACGUUUUUGCAACCAAAAUACGGCAGUACAUUUUUUCUUUAAAAAAUAUGUUUUUGUAAUUUUUUUUUUAAACAAAAUCGUUAUUUAUGGAAGAAAAUCAUCUCUGUAUGUCUCUAUUUCAGAAAACUUACAAAAACAUGGUUAUUAGAUCAAUGUCAUUUCAGGUAACUUUUUUAUUUUCAAUCAUUUUGUUUAAACCAAGAUGAGAUAUGCACAAGUUUCAAUGUUGGUUUUUUUUUGAGCCACCAGGUUCACAAUUGCAAAAAUAAGACAUUAUAAUAGGAUGCAUUUUCUAAUCUCUUUUAUUUCUCUGUGUGUGAAUCCUACUCUUACUUUUUAGGUGUACUGUAUAAAGAAAGAAUUGUAAUCUCCAUUGUGCCAAAUGUGAGUAUAGAGAUGAGAAAUCCAAGUGAUGUUGUCCUAUUGGUUAUUAAAUGAUCAUGACCCUUCAUUUGCAUGAUCAUUUUCAAUUCAAAGCUUUAUUGGACUUUUUAAGCAAAUGGAUUUUGAAGUGGAAAAUUGAGUAUGUUCAAAGACUCCAACUCCACGCAAUACUGAGAUGAAAAUCAUCCAUCUGGAACUUCAUGUAACUAGGGCUGAAAUCAGAUUGUACAUUGAUGUGCAUAAUCACAUAACGUUCCAAAGCUGGUAACUUAGAUAAUUGUAUAUUGUGUUCUUACAUAGUGCCCAUGUCUGUUCAAUAUGUUUCUUCAGGUGCUCUGCAAUUAUUAGCCCAACAUUAGCAUUGCUUUCCAUGAGGCCUUUUGGCAUGUCAUGGUAUAAAUUCAUGUUGGGUCCCUCUUAACCUCACCUUGGUCGACACUGGCAAAUGUAGUUUAGUGUCUUGCCUAAGAUGCAUCUUUGACAGACAUGAUAUGAUAUACACUGUUAUUAUCAUUAUGAUUAUUGAUAAAUGGUAUUAAUACUUAAGUAGAAUUUGUUAUUUUGGGCCUUUUUUAUACUCUGUCAGGAACAGAGUGUAAAUAAGAAAGAGAUAUCAUGUGGCAUGACACGUCUGACUGAGUCAGUCAGUCAGGCAGGCACAAGAAAUCCAACUAUUGCGUUUGUAUUCUGGUUGUUUUUCAUCUAUUCUGUUUUUGUUGUUGACAUAACUAUCAGAGAUACAAAUUUGGGGUAUUUUGUUUAAUCAUUUUAUCUUACUUACAAACAUAGAAAUAUGUUUGUGAAACAAUCUUCAUAUUUGUCUUGACUUCAGGGCAGAAGCAGGACAUAGGCACCACUUUUCAGAUAGAAAGAGAAUUUCAAUUCGUUGGAAACAUGGAAAUGAAAUAUUUCUUGAUGUAUUUUAAUGUUUUCAAGUUGCCAUGUUCCCCAACAUUUAUUUAUCAGAAUAUUAUAUUCUUAUUGGUAAUACUCUAAUUGGAAAGCGGGGGGUUCAACUUUCUCCCAACUCGAUUCAAGCCGUAUAUUUCAAAAGGAACGCUUAUCAUGCGGUAAUGAAAAUUGUUGUCUGUAUAGAGUGUUUUAUUGAUGCAUGAAUAACACAUAUAUUUGACUUCAUCAAUUGCCUGUUCAAUGCAUGAGUGUAUCAGGAAAAGGACCGAAAUCAGACGAAUAUCCUAUAGGCUCCUGUACAAAACUUGCUGUUCAAUAUAAGACCGUGUUCAACAGUCUAGCGCGCAUGUGCAAACGUGUGAAAUAUACAACACGUAAAAUAAUGAAAGCAAUGUGAUAUGCAGCAUUCAUGAACUACAUUUAAAUUGCAUAUCAACAAUGAUCUUUUUUUCUUUUUCUUUUUUUUCUUUUUAUCUUUUUUCAACAAUGAUCUUAUAAAGUGAGGCCAUAUUAACUGAUUGUCAUAAGUGACAUGACUUGCUUAGUCAAAUUUUUCCUUUUAUUUUUUUUUGGGGGGGGGGGGAGGAAUAGAUGAUAAUAAUUAUAUUGGAUGGCUUUGAUUUCAUGGGAUACCAGAAAUUGUAAAUAUUCCACUCAUGUGCGAUACAUGGAAUAUUUGCCCUAUUGAACUCCUUAGAAUACUUCUAGUAUUCCGUUCUGAGCCAUCCAAUAUAUAAGUACUGUAAUGUGUGUGCUAUCCUGUACUGACUAUAUAUAUUUAAUAAUGUGUGAAUUAUUCAUUGAUUUCCUCUUAUAUUAUGAGACAUUCCCAUCAUAGAAUAUAUACUCUAAUAUUACCAUCAAAGAUUGGUUGAAGUUGACCAAGUCCUGUUGCAGAUUAUUUUUUUAUGCCAUUUCUUACUGAUUUAAUUCCGUUCCAUUAGUUCUCGAUACAACAGUGCAUUGUUCAUUUUAGGGAGCCAAAUAUGGACAUAAUACAACAUAUAUUAUUGGAGAAUUUUCAGGCUUGAAUAUAUUUACAUGUUUGCCCUAUGAUUGUAUGUAAUGCCAAACCAAAAUGAAAUGAUAAAGUGUUUGUUAUGAACACUGCAGAUAUCAUAUCUGUUAUUUACAAAUCACUAAGUAUUAUUUAUAUUCCAAAUAUGAUAUACAGGUGACUAUGAAUAAGUCAAAUCUCUUACACAAUCUUCAACUUAGAAAAUGUAAAUGAGACAUCUUUAGACAUAUUUCAGACAUUUUCUGGUCUGAAAUAAGGCUUCAAGUUUUGGAAAUUAUUUGACUUAAGGAUGGUCUACUGUGAUUGCUAAUUAAAUAUGCUUGACGAUUUAUUGAACUUUUUCAUUGAUAUUUUUGUAUGAAGAGUACCUAGUACCUAUAUGUGCCUUGUGUUGAUCACCAACGAUAAUUCUUUAGAUUAAGUAAGCAUUCUUGUCGUGGCAGAUAUAGAUAUAGGUGAGAUAAGUAAGCCUCCAUUUCUGUGUCUUACAAAAUAUUUUUUUUAAAUUUUGUAUUUACCAUGAUUUUAUUCUGCAUUAAGCCCUGUGCCUACUGAUAUUGGUGGAAAUUCAAUUACAUAAAAUCCUAAUGAUAAGAGUACUAAAAAGUGCUGUAAAUGUUCAACAAAAUUUUAGUCUGUUGUCAGCCUCAAUUGAUUCCAAAUCGAAGUGACAUCACAGCAAUCUACAAUCUGAAGCUGAUUUGGACUUUACUUCAACCACAUAGUAAAGCAGAAUUGAGAUUUUACUAUUCCUAGCAUUACCCUAAGCUUCAAAUAAGAUUAAUUUACUUGUGUGGACUUUGAUAGGCAAAAUGUGAUUUCUUAAAAAGUUUGGUCACAUUGGACAUGAUGUUUUUUUUUUUGUUGUUGUCGCAGACAUUCAUAUGAAUUAGAUGUUAUCUUCAUCUGGCUACUAUCCACCUGAAAUCAUUUCUACAUUUUGGUUGUUUUUGUCUAGAGAAGCCUUGGUGCUGAGAUGAUUGGCCUAGGUGAUUGAAGGAAUAAUCUCAUGCUUGGUUGAAUGAUUAUAGGCAUUUUAAUAUUUGAUUUGUAAUUUUGUAAUACAGAUUUUAACGUUAUUGCUUUAGCAUUACACAUUUCAGCAAUUUCUUCUUUUUUUUUUUACUGUAUUGCAGAUAAAUGGAGGCUUUAGAUUAGUCAUGUAUUUACACGUAGUUAUAUAUUAUGUAAUGUACUAACAGCUGGUCUGAAAAUGUGUAUUAACUAUCUUUAAUGCAAUGCUUUGCUUUGUGAUUUUAUUUCUUUAUAGCGCAAUUGUGAUUUUGUUAUUCUACCAGAGUAUAUGAAACAUUUUAAAAUGUUAUUCACCACAUGAAUAUAAUUUUGGACAAUUAUAAUUCCAAAGUGAAAAUCGCAUGUAUAUUAGAGAUCAAUGUCAUUGCAAAAUUCUUCUCUUUCUACGGUUAUUUCAUAAGUUUCAGACUGUAAAGUCCUCUUGAUAUAGUGGAAUUAUUUUAAUGCUUAUAGUCAGUGGGGUAUCUGUUUUCCUAGGGAAAUUUCACACCAUUGGGAUAAAUAUUACACAUGGUCGAUAAGAUUUACUAGCAGCUAUUAUGUAAUGCGACCUAAGUCAUUAUAUCACUUUCCCUUGCCGGACUGCUGCCCAAGGCUAGUUAGGCAUGGUUACAAGUACAUCAAGUUUGCUUUCCACCAGUUACAGGCAAUCCAAUGCUUUUCCGCAAAGUGUGAGGUCAGCAAAUUAUAAUCCAUGAAUAUGAAGACCUGUGAUUAUGUCUGUCCUAAAUAUCUAAGGCCCAAGUUACACAUACGUCAAAAGGUGGAACGAGGUCGGUCCGAAGAUGGUUCUACGUAUGUGUAUAUGCUCACUAUUUUUUAUUUCCAAUCCGGACUAAGUACACCUACAUGUAAAAGGCAGAUUAACCACUGUACUAGAAAUAGAUUAAUAGCCAACAGUAGUUAUUGCUUAAGAACAAUAGAAAAUGUUGGCUUGAAAAGACAGACGAUAACAAACCUCUGACUGGUUUCAGUCUACUUCUGAUAUGUGUACACGCACCAAAUUGCAGGCUUAAGGCCGGCAUCAGCUCUAGGCAGCUUCAAACCCGACGCAUGUGUAUCUUUGGCCUAAGAGAUGUAUCAAGCGUGUAAAUGUGGUAUAUUUUUGUUUCUUAAUAAAUUACUAGUAGAAUGAGGUAUGUUAUUGACUGCUUGCAUUUACAGUGGUGCGUGAAAAUUCAUGAACCCCACCAGAAAAUGAACAUAUUUGAAUUGCCUCAUUUUGCCAUGCUAUAGAUAUAUAAUUGUGAGGUCUGGUGAUAGAAUAAUUACAUUCAAUAAAGUUUGUUUCUCUGGGCUCGCCGAACAUUGUAGUGUUGUUAACAUUCAACAUUCAGCAUGAAGGAGGGCAUUUUGUUAUGGGGUUCACAAACUUACAGCACAAGUAAAUAUCUAUGGAUAUCGCUUUCUAAUGAAAGGAACAGAGGCAUUCCUGAUUGCAUUGAGAUCUAAUGUAUAUGUGAAAAAAAGACACCAGGGGCCCUUUUCAUAAAGGACUUACAACUGUUGUAACUUUGCCAUUCUGACAACUACCAUGGUAACAGAGCUCAGUAGCCAAUCACAAUCAAGGUUUCCAUGGUAGUUACCAUAAUGACAAAGUUACUUUAUGAAAUGAGCCCCAGGAGUGUAAGUUACAAACGAUUGGUGAUCCUAUCUUGUAAAUUAUGUUCACCAUUGGUGAUGAUAAAGCUCUUUAAGAAACACCAACCAAGACCCUUGUUUAAAAUAGAAAUGUAACUGAAUCGAAUCAAGAUUGGGUGUACACAGGAAUAGUUUUGUUUACCAAAUCUGCUACAUCAUUGUGUAGCGAUUUUAGAUCUUAGUAACACAGCAUGUGCUGAUAGAGUGGCAUCACCUCAUCGGGGCUGACCCUAAUAGUCAUAUAUACAUUUAAGUCAAGAGUUCAAAUUUUAUCAUUUACUGCUAUUGAUCUUUAUUAGGUCAUUUUAACCUCAUGUGCAAUGGAUUUUAAUAUGGUUGUAGGGAAAUGGUAAUAAAACCAUGGAGUGACAUGUAUUGUUUCAUUUUCUGUGCUUCAAUGUGAUUUGUCAAACUACAUGUAUGAAUAAAGAUGGGAUGUAUAUUGAAACACAUCUAUGGCUUUACGAGACCAUUCACUCAUCCAUCUCACCGACAUUCAUGAGCCGUACAAUACUUGCACAUUUGUUUCAAAAUUUAUUGUCUACAUCUAUAAUUCUUUAGACAAAUAUCUGAAUUCAUUCACACUAGACACAAUCUUGCAAGAUUGAAGGUUUAAACUGCUUUUCGUAGUCUUGAGAGAAAGUCUGAUUUAUACCUCCGUCACAUUUCACCUACAGCGAGUCGAAAACGGCCAUUUUAUUCAAACCACCUAUAUGUAGCUGGUACAAAAAAAUUGUUAAAACAACUUGUUUACGACUCGCCAUAGGCUGAAUGUGACCGAGGUAUUAGUCUUGCAAUGGUAUGACAAAAUGCUCUCAGCCAUGACUGCCCCCCCCAUCUUACAGUUUCAAGGGCAAUUCCACGUUUUGUGUGCAAGACAUGGUACCAUUUUUUUUCUUCUCAUUUUCAAUUGUAAAAGAUAAUCAAGAUAGAAUAUGUUAUCAAAUACUUGCCCCUGGGAGAUAUGAUAAAGUCUGAAUAUAAGUUAUAUUCAUGAUUUAAUGACAUCAAGAAUAU